GUGUUACUUUCUACAGACAUAGAGAAAGAAGAAGAAGUUGCUCACAUGGAAGCAUAUAGAAAAUAACCAUUACUGUAUUCCUGUGUGCUUGUCAUUAUUAUAAUAUAAAAUAUAUAUUUAAUAUUUCACCAACGAGGCUAACUGCGUUAAAAAAAUGGCGACAGAUGCAAAACGGCCAAAGAUAGAUGAUGAGAAACGUGUGCUGGACCCCUUGAAAAACUUCUUGCUGUGGUGCGAUAGUGUGAAGCUGACUCUCAGCGAUAAGGUGUACUUAAGUAAAGAGGGUACAGCGGCAGAAUAUGGCAUGCUUGCCAAAGAGGACAUCGAAGAGGGCCAUGUCUUGUUCUCCAUACCCAGAGAGGUUCUUCUGCAUCAGGGCAACACUAACGUAAAAAAGGUUCUUGAGCAAGGGAAGAAAUCUUUGGAGAGCGCAUCAGGCUGGGUUCCUCUUCUUCUGUGUCUCCUACAUGAGUACACGUGUACACAAUCCCACUGGAAGCCUUAUUUGUCUCUCUGGCCCGAUUUUAGGAAACUGGAUCAACCCAUGUUCUGGUCUGAGGAGGAGCGUGAUAAACUCCUGAAAGGCACAGGAAUUCCAGAGGCUGUCAAAACGGAUCUGAAAAAACUCCAGGAUGAGUACAAUAACAUAGUCCUUCCUUUCAUGAAGUCCCAUCCUGACCUGUGGGACCCUGAGAAGCACACCCUGGAGCUCUACAAGAGCCUGGUAGCAUUUGUAAUGGCCUAUAGUUUUCAGGAGCCUGUAGAAGAUGAGGAUGAAGAAGAAGAAGAAGAAAAAGAGCCUAACCCUCCAAUGAUGGUGCCCAUGGCCGACAUGCUGAAUCAUGUUUCCAAGCACAACGCCAAUCUGGAAUAUACACCCGAGUGUUUGAAGAUGGUGUCCGUGCGGCACAUAGAAAAGGACGAGGAGGUCUUUAACACUUACGGGCAGAUGGCAAACUGGCAGCUCCUCCACAUGUACGGCUUUGCAGAGCCGUUUCCUACUAACAGCAAUGAUACUGCUGACAUACAGAUGUCCAGUGUGUACAAAGCAGCCGUGCAAGUGGCACAAAGUGAAGCAGAUAAAAAGCUCCUCAUGGACAAAUGGAACAUGUUGUGUGAAAUGGAGAUUGUUGGGGAGAAAGGGGUUUUUAUCUUUGGUCAAUCAGGCUCGCUGACUUACAGUGAACUCUACACUACACUGAAGGUCCUGUGCUUGCCGGUGCAAGAUUUCGAGGAGUUCCGUGAAAACGAAGGCUGGGAGGAAGAUGAAGAGGAUGAGGAUGAUAAAAUGGAGCAGGCUCUGAGUUUCGACGGACUGACGGGGUUGUCAGAAGAGUGGAAAUGUCUUCUUCAUGCGGCAGCUGCUCUGACGCUGGACUCUUAUUCGGAGGAUGUAGAGACGGACAGGAAGCGGCUGGAGGAUCAGGGAGCUCUGGCUGAACUCAGCAGCAGGGAGAGGAGAGCUCUGUAUGUGCGUUACGGUCAGAAGAGCAUCCUACAGCGCUUGCAACAGUUCACCAAGCACACGACUUAAUGCAUGGGUUUCACAAACAUUCUUACAUGUCAUGUGCGGUGCUGACUCUGCAUAGUCGUCAAGAUCGAAGAAUCCUAAGCUGAUGUAGCGUGAUUGAAUUUGCUAAUGGUGUAUAGUUUGUACAUUUUCCUUUUAAAAAUCAUUUGGAAUAUG